AUGAAAGGCCGACUCCUCAGACCCCAGAGAGCUCCCAACCGUCCUGUUGGGGGUCGGCCCUCCAAAAACCGACUCCUCAGACCUAUUAUCAGACAGAUCCGGCCCCCUGGUUCGGUCAGACCCCCGAAACAGAGGCUGAGUUCAGUAAUGGAGACGGGUUCGACCUCUCAAUCCACACAAAAGGACCCGAUGAGCCUAAAGAAACGUCCUGGAGAAAAACCCUUGGAUGAGGAAGUCCCCGAUGAGAGGAGGGUGUCGGCCUCCUCUUACCCUCAAAUAAGUGAGCAGACGGAUUGGGACAUCUCCAGGAGGGAGCUGGGAGAGGCUUCAGCCCAGAAACAGCCUCCGUCCAUCCCUGCUGGAGAUGGAAUGGAGGAGAACCAGCAACUGGAGCCUGAAACAGCCCACGGAGCUCCAGACCCGGACGGAGCCGGUCUGAAGGAGGUCAGGGGGGAGACUGAGACCAGGUCCAGGGCAGGAACCGGGGAACAGGCUGCCUGUAGGGUGGAUAAAAUAACAUGCUCUGAGAUCCUGCUAGAGAAGACAACAGAGGAGAAGAUCGAAGAUCCAAAGUCUGGCGGGAAGGGAGAGGAGAGAGAGCUGCCUUUACUGCCCCCUUGGGGCCGUGAACAGCACAGUCGGUCCACCGGUCGCCCAGCAGGGGGCGCCGACACACCUGAGAUGGGCGGUGAUGAGGCAGAGCGGGGUCCCUCUGGGGGGGCGUCCCGGAGGCCCGGGGCCAAACCGCCGGGGUUCAGACCCCCCCGUCCCCGUGGCAACCGGCAAGCAAGUCCCACUGGAGCAGAGGGCCCGUCUGGAGGGGCUGAAUCCAGCAGGGUGGACCCAUCAGCUUCAGCAAAACCUGAAAAUCCGGAAAUCCGAAACCUGUAUCUCGCCUGGUGCCAGUCGCGCGAACCCCCCCGAAAGCGUAAACGCGACGCCUUUCAGCUCCCGAACAAGAAGCCUCGUCCUGAAGUCCACCAAACCGGUCCUGCUCCGUCUGAACCCCCAACUUUGACCCCCGAACCAGCAGCAAAAUCCGAAGGGCUCUCAGAACCGCCUGGAAUCAGCAACUCAGAUCCUCCGAGGCCAGAUCUACAAGUUUGGCCGAGCAAAGUGGAGGAAACGAGCGAUGAGACUCCGUUGGUUAAACCACGCAAACGGGCAAAAACUGGGCCCGGGUCCUCGUUCCAGUCUGGUGAGACUCCGCAGGUGUUUGAUAGGAGAGUGAAAGACCCCGGGAAGCUGCUCCCAGAAGAGAGGACUCAGAUGCUGGAGAAGGCUGGCGAGGCCCAGAUGGUGGCGCUCACGAUGGUUUACCAAGACGGGACUACCCAACUGGACCCAGAACAGCUUCUGUGUACAGUGGCCAGCGUUCGGAUCCACGACCCGCAGGUUUCGGGCUGGCUGCUGGACCCCGCAGAUCCCUGGUCGGAUUUCAGAGGCCUCCUUCAGAAACACUGUGAGACGGGCAGCAGAACGCCGGCUCCAGGAGUCCAGAAGGUUUCUCACAUCAUCUCUGAUCUCUGCUGGCUGUACAAGCUAAAUAUGAAGCUGUGCUCCAAACUGCAGAGCCGAGGCCUGUGGGGGCUCUUCUCUGAUAUGGAGCUGAAGAUGAUCCCUGUUUUGGCUGCCAUGGAGAGCCACCACAUCCACGUGGACAAAGAGGCCCUGAGGAGAACUUCAGACCUGCUCGGGCUUCUGUGUCCAGUGGCCGGCGUCCGGAUCCACGACCCGCAGGUUUCGGGCUGGCUGCUGGACCCCGCAGAUCCCUGGUCCGAUUUCAGAGGCCUCCUUCAGAAACACUGUGAGACAGGCAGCAGAACGCCGGUUCCAGGAGCCCAGAAGGUUUCUCACAUCAUCUCUGAUCUCUGCUGGCUGUACAAGCUAAAUAUGAAGCUGUGCUCCAAACUGCAGAGCCGAGGCCUGUGGAGGCUCUUCUCUGACAUGGAGCUGAAGAUGAUCCCUGUUCUGGCUGCCAUGGAGAGCCACCACAUCCACGUGGACAAAGAGGCCCUGAGGAGAACUUCAGACCUGCUAGGGGCUAAGAUGAAACAGCUGGAGCAGGAAGCCCAUCGAGCAGCCGGACAGAUAUUCCUGGUGACCAGCAGCUCUCAGCUACGAACGGUCCUGUUUGAGAAGCUCCGCCUCCACGAGCGCUGCGAGAGCAAGAAGCUGCCCAAGACCUUCAAACAACAGCAGUCCACAUCAGAAGCUGCAGACCUCCACCCUCUGCCUAAGAUCAUCCUGGAGCACCGACAGGCUAAGAUGAAACAGCUGGAGCAGGAGGCCCAUCGAGCAGCCGGACAAAUAUUCCUGGUGACCAGCAGCUCUCAGCUACGGACGGUCCUGUUUGAGAAGCUCCGCCUCCACGAGCGCUGCGAGAGCAAGAAGCUGCCCAAAACCUUCAAACAACAGCAGUCCACAUCAGAAGCUGCACUGCUGCUUCUUCAGGACCUCCACCCUCUGCCUAAGAUCAUCCUGGAGCACCGACAGGUUCACAAAAUCAAGUCCACUUUUGUCGAUGGGAUUCUUUCCUGCAUAAGGAGCAAGAACUAUAUUUCCUCUACGUGGCAUCAGACGAGUGCCGUUACCGGGAGAAUCUCCUCAAAACAGCCGAACUUCCAGGCCCUGCCGAGGCAGCCGCUUCAAGUCAGAAAGAAGCAGCACGUCCAUGACUUCUGCCAGGUGGAGCUGCGGCUGCUGGCGCACCUUUCCUGCGACCCCGAACUGCUGCGGAUAUUCUCCGACCCGCAGGCCGACGUCUUCUCCAUGCUGGCCUCUCAGUGGAAAGGGAUGAGUGUGGGCGAGGUGACCUCCGAGGACCGGGAACACGCCAAAAGGAUUGUGUACUCUGUUGUUUACGGAGCA